GAAUAUCUCGUAGAUUUUGGAUGAAGUCGCGACCCGCAACCUCCUUGUGGCCGGUUUCCAGAAGAAGAGAGAGAGAGAGAGAGAGAGUAGAGAUGGGCAGCAGUUGCCCCGUCUUCCUCUCGUCAGCACUCCCUCCCGCCUUUUCUCGCCGCACGCCCAACGGUAGAAGCAGCUCCAGAAGUAGAGUAUCAGCUGGACAUUGUAACAGCUCCAAUUUGGAAGAUGACAACAGGAAGCAGAGCAACUCUGAGUGUUCAUCAAACACAGAAAACCUGAAGAGGAAUCACCUUGUGCCUUCGAGGCGUAAAUGUCUUGCAUGUUUGUGUGCAAAUCUAGCAUUAUUCAAUGUUUCAGUGUUCUCUAUUUGUCCUCCUAAUGGAAUCGCCUUGGACAUGGUGGAUGGGUCAUCUGGGAAAGAAAAAACUGUUUGCCGGAAUUGUGGGGGCACUGGUACUAUAAUAUGUGACAUGUGUGGUGGCACAGGUAAGUGGAAAGCUCUCAACAGAAAGCGGGCAAAAGAUGUUUAUGAGUUUACUGAGUGCCCGAACUGUUAUGGUCGUGGAAAGCUGGUAUGCCCAGUGUGUCUGGGGACAGGUUUGCCCAAUAAUAAAGGGAUGCUCCGAAGACCUGAGGCACGAAAAUUACUGGACAAGAUGUACAAUGGCAGGCUCUUGCCCAACUCUUAAUAUUUUCUGAACUAGCUCAUACCAUCUGAAAGGAAUUUCUGCUACAUCAAGAAAGGGCUAUGAAGCCAACAGCUUGAAAUCCCAUCCCUAGUAUACAAUCAAAUGCAAUGGUUGGUGAUCAGACGGAAGUACUCAAGUUUUGACGUCAGUGCUGCUAACAAAUGUUUCAUACAUUCUGUCUGUAAAUCUUGUAUCAUCGUUUGCAACUGACUGUACAUUCGGAUUUUCAUAUACGCUUAUUUUUGCUCUUUAUUGUUUGUAGACUGUUUUCUGGUUUAUUAUUUCUGGAUGAUGUAUAGAAUGGGUGUGUACAGCCCUUUCUAAUAGAACAAAACACGAUUUAUCUUUUGAAGGUAAAACUAACACUUUUUAUUGAGAUAA